UACAAGUUUUCUAUUCGACUGGUCGUCUUCGUUGAGUAGGAUUUUACCGCUGCGCAGGUGGGCGUGGUUUAACGAAGAACGACCAGUCGAAUACGGCCAAUGACAAGCAUUUGCUCCACAAUUUAUUGAAGUAUUCUUAACGCACAUUGGAAAGAUCUUAAUAUAUAUACUUGAAUUAUUCGAUUUUCAAUGGAAAUAAUAACAGUCGUUUUAUUCAAACAACAGUUCGCGCGCAAACAUAAAGUGAUCAAAGUCCAUGGUAAGCUUCCAUGAUUCAUAGGCAGUGUGCACUAAACAACUACAAUCGAAAUUAUAUGCUUCAGUUGCUUUUACGAAUUGAACAAAUGUAAAUCAGUGUAUUGAGCAAGAAAUGAUUAAACAUCCUGAUACUACAUAAUCACCAGCAUGAAUAAAAAAUCAAUAUGGAUAAGCAGUAGGCCUAUAUUGGUUUUAAUCUUCGCCUCCUUUGUGUAUUGUCAACAAGAUAAAAAAUAUACUUUCAUAAAUCCUGGUUCAUCUUUCGCACAAUAUUCUGUGCCAUGGAUUCCGGUGGACGAACAUGGUGCGAGGCUUCGAUUCAAGACAGUCCAAGGUGACGCUCUACUUUAUUACCAGGAAUAUCGCGACCUUACAAAUCCAAAAUACGCCCUCUGGAUUGAGUUGGUGAACAGGGAAUUAAGGAUUACUCAUUUGUACAAUCAGUUUGAGGAAAGUAUAUAUUUAGGUAAAGCUUUAAAUGACGAUAUUUGGCAUACUGUCACAUACGAAAGAAAGUCUAAUGGACUACUCUACUUCAUUGUUGACAACCAGACGGCACCAGUUAAAUACUUGGACGCUUACGACGUCGGUGGCGCUCUACAAACCUUUGACAAACUACCUAUGUCAUCAUAUAUAUUUAUUGGAGGUUUGUGGCAAAACAUGAAAACUCCAGCAAAUAGAAAUUUUACCCACUUCGUUGGAUGUUUUCAAACUCCGGAAUUUCUCAUCUCUGAAUCCUUUACAAUGUUUAACAUGUACAACAGUACAAAUUUGGUGCAAGAAGGUUGCGUUAAUAAAUGUGAUAUGGAGAAUGCUUGUAGAAAUGGUGGGAAAUGUGUAAAUCAGUACACGAACACAAUAUGUGACUGCAGCCACACUGGAUUCAUUGGCUGGAACUGUGACACUCCUGAUGACGUAGUUAUUACCCUACAAGGGGAGGCGUAUCUUGAGUAUAAUGUUAACACCAAAUCUGAGAAUACUUACUCACCUAGUGUGUACGUGCACAUAAAUUUUAAGAUGGAACGCCAACAAAGAUCCGGAGUGUUGGUUUAUGGUCAUAGUUUCUCCCCAGGGAUCAAUUAUGUUGCAAUUGAAAUAGUUGAUGGAGAAUUGAUGGCUUCUAUUAAUUUUGGCUACAAGGCUCUUAAUUAUCAUUUUAAUGAGACUAAAGUCAAUGACAACAGUUGGUAUGAAAUUAAAUUACAACAUGAAGCAACACAAGUUACCGCUAGCCUCACUCGAUCAAUCGAUGGUGUUUGGUACACGAGAAACAACACUCUUCCCCAGUUAAAUUAUUUGAACCUUGGUGAGACGGUGUACGUUGGAGGAGGACCAGUCCUCAAGGGCUAUGAAGGAUUAAUGUUAGGCAGUAAUUUUAUUGGAUGCCUGAAGCACGUGAGUUUUGGAGUAACUAACAUUCUGGAGGAGCUUAUUUUAAGUCGACCGUUAGUCAAGUACGUAGGGAAGGAGGAAGAUAGCAAGCCUGAGUAUGGAUGCAGGGAUCUCGGACAUUCUUCAAUUAUCUUCCCCACUUCACGAUCGCAACUUAUUCUAAAAGGAUGGAACGAUGGCAAACUUAAUCUAAGAUUUCAACUGAAAACUGUCCAGCGCAACGCUAUCCUUCUUCUGGUUGCGAUUCAAGAUGAGAAUGACAUUGGGGGAAAAAUCAGUCUUCACUUGCUUGACAACAGAGUGCAAGGCGUAUUGGAACUAGGAAAAGAAAAUGACCUUAUUACAUACACCAUGGUUGUUGGAGAACACUUGAAUAAUACCAUGUGGCACACAGUGGAAUUUUCAAUUAUGGAAGGUUCUGCAACUUUAACAGUGGAUGCAGCGAAGACAAGCUUUCAGAUUACAAACCACACAUUGACCCCCACCAGUGACCUCUAUUUAGGUGGAGGUUGGACUAACACAGGUCAAGGUUUUGAAGGCUGCAUGCAAGAAAUCACGUUUCAGGCUGCUACAAUUUAUCCAAACGAGAUUACGAAUACGAAUAUGGUGAAUGGAGUUACGAUCGGAUCAUGCCAAGUUACGGAUCCUUGCCUUACGUCUGACCUAGCCUGUGAAAAUAACGGUAGAUGUGUGUACAAUAGCAAAGAAGAAGGCGUACGAUGCGAUUGCUCGAAAACAGGGUAUUCGGGACCUACCUGCCAUUUUCGUAAGUAAAUUUUGCCUGCCAAAGACACAAAGAAUACAGU